AGCAAGGAUAGUGGGUUCAGUGCCUCUUGUGGCACCAGCUCCACCUUCACCUGUUGCAUAACUGUCUGUCCUGGAGCUUGCAUAGAAUAAGUUGGUGAGCAAUCUCAUGGAAGAACAGCCAAGAACAUCCUCUAGUCACUGCUGCUGGUCAUGGGGUGGGCCUUCCUUGUGGUCAGGGGUGAAUGCUGUAUCUUGGGAGGGUGCCUUGAGGAGAGCAAGGGAAGACAGACAGUCCACCUCUCUCUGUGUGUGCCCUCCUCGGUUUUUCUAUUAAAAAAACUCAGAUCAGGACAUACCACACCAGUCAAUAAAAAGGCAACAGCAAACAUUUUCCUUUCCCCCUUGCCUCACGAAGUCACAUCAGGGCAUAUAUAAAUAUAUUGUCCUUGCAGGAGGAGGUUAAAAAUAAAGAAAAGUACUGUCCUGUGACUUUACAAGGAAAAAGGAAACCUUUCCCUGUGUCAUAGUGUUAGGAGAUGUGGAACAUCCUGAUCUGAGGUUUCUUUUGGGAAGAUGUGGGUGUGGGGAGGUGAAGUGAUUGCAUGAGGGAAAGGCAAAAACCACUUUUGUUGACGCCAAGAUGUUAAUGGGUUACAGAAAAGUUCUCAGAGGAUUACUCAGCAGCCAGAAGGCACAGGCGCUUUAGAACUGAGCUCACUUGCUGGCGUGAAGAGCCUCAAGCCAUCUUCUAUUCCCAGCUAGAGAGAACGAAAGUCGGGUUGUUUCUCGAUUCGUGGCUUAGCAUCUAAGAGAGACGGGCAGAGACACACAGAGAGGUGCUCCAGUGCCUCUGCUGCACCAUGGUGGUGCAGAAUAAUCUGGACCUUGGGGAUUCUAGAAAAUGGAUUGUGCUGGAGCCAUUUAUCCACCAGGUUGGAGGCCACAUGAGCAUGAUGAAGUAUGAUGACUACACCGUCUGCAAACCCCUCGUCUCCCAGGAGCAAUGGUUCUACGAGACUCUCCCUGCAGCAAUAAAACGAUUCACACCUCAGUACAAAGGUAUUGUUUCUGUACACCUCAAGAAGGACAGCAUGGGCAAUUUGAGCCUCAUAGCCUGCCCGCAAACGGAUAACCGCAGUUCCCUGGACAAUGCCUCCAAGGAGUCUUCAAUGACAAUUUGGCAGAAGCUCAACCAGGCAAACACCAGCAGUGGUGACCACACGUUUGUCAAAUGGAAUCAUGGCCCACUCACAAACACCGCCAAGGACAGCUGCCAGGGGAAAGCGGUAUUACAGACAGACCUCCAGUACCACAGAGACGUGUCUUCAAUUAUGGAGGAUGCCAACGGGAACCAGCCAGAAAAGAACAGCUAUAAUCCCUGGGGACUGUACUGCCAUAAACAGCAUCUAAACCGCAUGUCUUCGAAGUAUAAUGAGAACAAACUUCAUCAAUUUUUGUUGCUUGAAAAUGUGGUAUCCAAAUAUAAAUGCCCUUGCAUUCUGGACUUGAAGAUGGGAACCAGACAGCAUGGUGAUGAUGCAUCAGAAGAGAAGAAAGCACGCCAAAUAAAGAAGUGUGAACAGAGCACAUCAGCAUCCCUUGGAGCCCGUAUUUGUGGGAUGCAGGUCUACCAGGCAGACACUGUUCAAUAUCUCUGCAAAGAUAAGUACUAUGGGCGGAAACUCUCACCAGACGGCUUCAGGCAAGCCCUCUUGCAGUUCCUUCACAAUGGGAAUCGCCUCCGAACGGAUCUUGUGGAACCUAUUGUGUCUCAGUUGAAGGCUCUGCUGUCGAUCAUCAAAAAGCAGAACUCUUACCGGUUCUACUCCAGCUCGCUUCUCAUAAACUAUGAGGGACUGGAGAAAGCAACACCUUCAGACAAUCACCCUCAGGGACACUGUCAGCAUACUAGCUGCUCUGUUCCACAUGGAAACAGCCACCCCAAAGUGGAUGUCCGUAUGAUAGACUUUGCUCAUACAACCAACAAAGGCUCUAGGUUUAAUCACACCAUCUAUGAGGGACCAGAUCAUGGCUACAUUUUCGGUCUAGAAAACCUAAUAAAAACUUUUCAGAGUAUCUCUGUGGGAGAAUGACAACGACUGAACUACCGAGAGACCUUGUGGUUGUAAAAGGCACACCCCGUACUUCAGAGCAAUGGCUCUCCCAGCAACUAUGUCACAGCCAGAGUUUUCAGAGGGUGAACUGAUGGCAUAUUAGGAAAAACUCUGAAGAUACUAAAUGCUACUGUGGAUUACACAGAAUCCAUCAUACCUGAGAUCCAUAAGAAGGUUAUUGCCCUUCCUUGUUUUAACGUUGUCCAUUCAUAUCAUUUCUCAGCUAGAAGGAAAUGUUACUUGAAAAUCAUUUUAGGACUUGUUCAUAAAGCACCAUUUAGACUUGCAAGGCCAACAGAGGCCAAACACAUGCCAUGCUCCUGAAAAGGGUGGUGUAGAUAGUUUAGCAAGUCCUUAAAAACCUCCAGCUUUACAUUUUAAUUCGCUGUUUGAUGGGCCAAGGACUUUCAAUAAAGCAAUCAGAUGACAACCAUGCUCCACAUGCUCAGCCGCCACCAAACUCUGGCACUUUAAAAAUGGACUGUAGAUCAAUUCCUUGAUUCUUUAUAUUCCAUACCAGAGUGUGGGGGGGGAAGUAUUCUCCAAGGAAUCUAUGUGUCAGCCGAAAGGAGUGAGUGAGUAAAGCAAUAAAAAGCAGGCGCAGAAGCAGGCAGGGGCGAGAUAGCCCCUCCUGGAAUAAGGCAGUGCUUUCAAAGGUUCUCCGAUGGAAGAGCUAGAAGGGCUGUUACGGAGAGGGUGCAAAAUCUGUGGAAUAACAGUCAUAAAUGAAUUCAUGUCAUGGCUUUUUAUAUUGGAGAGACGUCACCUGAGGAAUUAGACAGGCCUUGAAGACGUUUGCACAGAUAUCAGGGUUAGGGCCCAGAGGCGGAGCUAGCUGCUCCGGCACCCAGAGCGGCACACAUGCUGUGCACGUGGGGGCGAGUGUCUCAGGGGGAGAGAUGCCCAUGAGGGCAGAGUGAGCUGCCCAUAGCAGGCUGCUUUCAGUGGGAGAAGGGAGUUGCACUGCUUUGCCAGGAGCCUUCCUCCCUUCUCUCUUCCUUUUGCCAGCUCAGGGGAGGCUCCCCCUCCCCCCCCCCCAGGAAGCAGCCUGGGAGCAGGGGGCAAGGGCGCACCGCCCAAACGCGACUCCCAAACCUCCCCCAAGUUGUCAAAAUGAAGGGAGAAGGCCGCUAGCAAGGCGGCGCACCUCCGCCCCUUCCCCGGACGGCUCGGGGUAGGCUUGGGAGUCACGGGUGGCUGCCACGUCGAAUGUCACCCCCCUCAGUGAUGGCACCCGGGGCGGUCCACCCCCGGCCCCCUUCCUCUGCCCCUGUUAGGGCCCAAGUGUCAUCUAGAUGUUUUGUGCUGCAUUUCUGUGCAUGUGUGUGCGCGCCGACAAAACUUGACAAAAUGUUUACAGACUUUGUUAAUCUUUGUGAAUAUGGAACCACCAAUUAAUCGAUUCCUUCCUGUGUCCUAUGUCACAUGGGAAAACUGUUAGAAUAUGUUUAAAUAGAAAGAAGCCCAAAAUGGGAAUGUCAAACUGUAAAUAAAUUGCAUAGGCCGUGUAACAAACUG